AUGGACUACUCGACCCUGCGCGAGACAUUCAAGCGCGACGCAUGGACGGAAUCGCAGGAGCGGAUCCUCCUCGAACCGUUUACAUACCUCAACUCGGUGGCCGGCAAGGAGGUACGGUCGCAGUUGAUUGCCGCGUUCAACCUGUGGCUCAAUGUUCCUGAGCCGGACCUCGAGGUUAUCCGGCACAUUGUGUCCAUGCUGCACAACGCGAGUCUACUCAUGGACGAUGUCGAGGAUGACUCGGAGCUGCGCCGCGGUGUACCCGUCGCGCACAUGAUCUACGGUGUACCCCAGACCAUCAACACGGCCAACUAUGUCUACUUCCUAGCGUUCCAGGAGCUUCUACAGCUCCGCGAAAGCAAAGGACAGGCGGCCGCGCCCGACCUUGUCGCUAUGGUCACUGAGGAGCUCUUAAACCUCCACCGCGGGCAAGGCCUAGACCUCUUCUGGCGUGACAGCUUGACGUGUCCGACCGAGGAAGAGUAUGUCCAGAUGGUGCUUGGGAAGACUGGGGGCCUGUUCCGCAUCGCCGUAAAGCUCAUGAUGGCACGGUCCGAGUCCACAAUUGACUUUGUCCCCCUCGUCAACCUCAUCUCGAUUUGGUUCCAGAUCCGUGACGACUACAUGAAUCUGGCCUCGGGCACUUACGCCGACAACAAGGGCUUUGCAGAAGAUCUGACAGAGGGCAAGUUCUCGUUUCCCGUCGUGCACGGCGUCCGCGCGGACACGACCAACCGCCAGAUACUCAACGUAAUGCAGAAGCGCACAACGUCACACGCGCUCAAGGCGCACACUGUCGACUACCUCGCCAAGGAGACCAAGUCGUUCGAGUAUACACGCGGCGUGCUCGACACGCUCCUGAAGCAGAUCAAGGACGAGGUAGCCGAAUUGGGAGGGAACCGCGCGCUGGAGAAGAUUAUCGAGGCGCUCGAGAAGACGCCGACUGAGCAUUAG